UGAAGAGACUGGGAAAAGGCUUUGAUAAGAAAGGAACUCUAUCCUAGGUGCAAGAUGUGAGGAGUUUUGCAGAACACUCAAGAUCAUCUGCUGGUAAUACUUUUUAUUGUAACUGAAGUAUAUCUGGGAAAAGCAUUAAAGCCUCAGAUAAAAUGAAAAAUACAACUGUAGCUUUCCGCUAAUACACAAUGUGCCUUUGCUGAAAAUCUUACUAAGUGAACCUAUCUGCAGAUCAAUUUUCUGUCAAACACUUGUUAAGGAGCCAGCCUUAGAAGGUCACAAUAUGUGAGACAUAUUAAUACACACUGAGCUGAUUAAUACACACAAAGGUUUUAGAGAGAGAGACAGAGAGUGAGGUAUGAUCAAGGGUUGUAAUUAACAAGCACUGUGCCUUAUUAAGGGCUCGAGGUAAGAAAGAUAAAGUAAGCCAGAACUGUGGUUAGAACAAAGUCAGGGCUAAGUGGCAAAGUCAUAGCUAUUGCUUGAUCUGGAGGAACAGCUGAGCUCAGAACAGUUUCUGAAAAUCUGUUUCUCCUGCCAUUCAGGGUGCUGGUUUUCAGACUCGCUGUGAAAUCCCAGACAUGGUGAAUCAGGAAUAUUCCAGAAAGUGCUGAACAAUUUACUGCAGAAAACUUUUCUGUGCUCUACCAAGGCAUCUAAGCUUAACAGGUGUAAGGACAAGGAGCCUAAGUCUUUGUUUCCCUUGUUGCAGGCAAGCACAGUGCCACCAUGUGCUCUCUCAGCGCAGCCAAUGCCAAGUUCUGUCUGUACUUUUUCAGAGAGCUGAGCAAAGGAAAAAGAAACAAAAACAUCUUCUUCUCCCCACUAAGUCUCUCAGCUGCCUUUGGGAUGGUUGUCCUUGGAGCCAGGGGCAAUACACUCGAACAGAUUGAGAAGGUAUUUCAUUUCAGUGAAGUUUUGAGCAGUACAAGCCGAGGAAACACAUACUCUUCUGAGAAGCACACUCUCUGUCUAGGACUGCUCAAGCCUACCAUGAAACUUCUGUCUUCAUGUUUGAAGAGUGAAGAAGAUGGAGGAGUCCAUUCCCAGUUCCAGGCUCUGUUGGCUGCAGUGAGUGAACCCAGACCAGGCUGCUCUCUCACCAUUGCCAACAGGCUCUUUGGAGAAAUUACUUACCCGUUCUUCCAGCAAUACUUGGAUUCCACAAAGAAAUUCUACCGAUCAGAACUGGAACCAGUCAAUUUUAAAUACACUGAAGAAGAAGCCACGGAUAAAAUUAACUUUUGGGUGGAAAAUGAGACAAAAGGUAAAAUCAAAGACCUAUUUUCUGCUGGGUUUAUCGAUCCCUCUACUGUACUUGUCCUGGUCAGUGCUAUAUAUUUUAAAGGAAAGUGGGCAGUAGAAUUUAAGAAAGAAGACACUAAGGAAACAUAUUUCCAUCUGAACAAGAAUGAGAGGAGGACAGUGAAGAUGAUGUUUCAAGAAGGUUAUUUUAACAUGGCCAUCAUAGAGGAACUCAAAACAAAAGUCAUAGAGCUCCUAUAUUUUGAUAGUGAAAUGAGCAUGUUCAUUCUUCUUCCUGAAGUUGUCUGUGAGGAUUUUACUGGUCUGGAACAGCUUGAACGCACCCUGACAUAUGAAAAACUAUCAGAAUGGACCAGCCCGGAUAGGAUGCAGCAACUGAAAGUGAAAGUGUACCUGCCUCAGUUCAAGAUGGAGGAAAGUUAUGUUCUCAACAAAAUUCUCCAGGAGAUGGGAGCGAUUAAUGUUUUUGACUGGGGAAAAGCUGAUUUGUCAGGAAUCUCUAGGAAAGAUGGUUUGGUUGUGUCCAAGGUCAUCCAGAAGUCAUUUGUGGAAGUCAACGAAGAGGGCACUGAAGCAGCUAGUGCUAUGGGGCUUGUUGCAGUGCCUCUGUGUCUCCCAGUUUCUUAUGAGUUCAAAGCUGACCAUCCAUUCCUCUUCUUCAUCAGACACAAUCCAACCAAUACCAUUCUCUUCUUUGGAAGGUAUUCCUCUCCUUAAGUGGAGUUUAUUUUGAAAAUUAGAUCUUUCUCUCCACUAAGAUCCCCAUUGGCAAGAUGAACACAUUUUCACUAGGCUUUAUCCUGAAGUGUUAUCUUCAGGUGUGUUUACUUUUAGGAGACCUCAUUAAAAUGACAUCUACCCUAAAAUACACUACGUGAUACUUGCCAAAAAGCUGUAGGCCUCUGAAGACAUCUGCAUAUAAAAUCUUGUUUUGAGUCUUUCUUACUGCAGUAUGUCUCCAACAAACCCAUGAUUUUAGUGCCCUAAAGAUUCUCCCACACGAAGCAGACAGGAGGGUAAGGAUCUGCAUUAAAAUGCUAAACUUGGGUCCUCGGUCUCUUUUAGAUUUACCCACCCAUUCUUGGUAUAGGUCCCAAGGGAAAUGCCAUAUUGUAUCAGAGUAAUAAAGUAUCCCUGUGGGACACCUCCUUUAAAUAUUGAUUGGGGUAAUGGUUCAAGCUGGAACUCUCAGUAUUUGUACUCAGAAAGCAGAGAAAGAUUUUUCUGGUGUAAUUUUGCUCGUUCUCAAGAAGGGCAGACCCAUUGCUAUUUUUUUUCCUGCUGGAAGCCCUGUAUGUGCUAGGAAAUCUACCAACUUCUUCAUAAACUUCCACAGAACAAAAACAGGGUUUCAGAACAAUGGAAGACCUUUUGUGACAAGGCCUACUCUGCAAUGGCUGGGAACUAGACACUUGCUUGCAUAAAACUUUAAGCAGUGAACAGCCAUUCUCACUGGUAAGAACCAUCUCUCUUUGUGCCUCAGGUACCACGAGACUCUUGUUCCAUCUAGUUUUCAUCAAAAAUAGUAAAAUAAUCUAUAGCAGUGGUAUUUAGAUGGCAGCCUGUAUUUGUUCCAUUUACCACACUAAGACCACUGCAAAUUAAAUAGUAAAUGUAGUAGUGUGCAGUAUUAAGUAGGUGGAGGAAUAGUCUAAUAUAGCAAGUAAAAAUAAGGGUAAUACUUUAAUAAAUGUGACACUGAAGUUGAACUCCUAUUUUAAAAUACCUAUUAUGCUAAGUUUAGGCACUGGACAACUUGACAUUAGGAUAGGUAAAUCCUAAACCUUGCUUACUGCUUCUAUCUUGCAUUUGAUUUUACCAGGGAAUUAAGAGUCCAGUUUUAGGACAUGGCUGAGCCAGCCUAAUGCCACUGAGGAAGAGGAUGCUGCUCCCCUUGGCUUCUUCCUUUCAUGUGGUUCUGUUCCCUCCCCUGUGCCACCACUAUUGCUUGCCUUACUGGCUGAUGAACAGUUCUCUGGGACAUGAACCAAGAGGAACAUUUUUGGUAAAGUGGAUUUCCUUGCUGAUGACCUAGUUCCCUAAACCACCUCCUGGAUGUUGUGGAGUGGGUGGUGGGAAGGCAUAGCAAGGGGUUACAGAGAAGAGAGCAGCCUGCCCAGUUUGGCAGUAGGCAGUGUCCAAAACCACAGAUACAUGAAAAAUACUUGCUUUUAAAGGAAAACAUAUUCCACCUCUGAUGACACGCUCUCUUUUUCCUGUUGUUUGCUGAUGGGAAGAAAGUAAGCACUGUGAGCAUACUAGUGCUAUUUCAGAACUGCAGAUUCAAAAGGCUCUUUUAAAUGCUGAGGUCUGCAGGAAAAAUGAUAGUAAAUUAGAGUAUUCAAUACAAAUUCAGUUGUUAAGUAAAGCAGACUCAUGAUAGUCUGUGGAGCUGUUUCAGAUUGCUGCAAUUUCAGCAUGAAAUACAAGCUGAAAUAGUAAAAUUACCAGUAGAGGUACAGUUCUCACAUCAAUUAGACGCUAAAAGACAAGAACACCAAACACAGGCUGCGGGCUUUUCUGAUUAAUAGGGUAUGCAAAAAAUAACCACACCUG